AUGAUCUGUUGUGAGUUGGUGGAAAAAAAUAUAGUCUGCCGUAAAACGUCGGACCGUUCAGUCUUUUUGGUUCUUUUCUAAUAGUGUGUUAGCACAAGAACACCUUAUUUUAUUUUCUUUAAGAUUCUAAAACCUAAAACCGACAAACAACAUGGCUGAUGACGAGGCAAAGAAAGCUAAACAAGCCGAAAUUGAACGCAAGCGUGCUGAAGUGCGUAAGCGCAUGGAAGAGGCUUCAAAAGCUAAGAAAGCCAAGAAAGGUUUCAUGACUCCGGAAAGAAAGAAGAAACUUAGGUUGUUGCUACGCAAAAAAGCUGCCGAAGAAUUGAAAAAAGAACAAGAACGUAAGGCUGCUGAACGUAGACGCAUCAUUGAAGAGCGUUGUGGCAGUCCCAGAAAUCUCAGCGACGCUAGUGAAGCCGCUCUUAAGAAAAUUUGUCAAGACUAUUAUGAUAAAAUUUUGAAAUUGGAAGAUCAGAAAUAUGACCUCGAAUACGAAGUUGCCCGCAAGGAUUUAGAGAUCAACGAUCUCAAUGCUCAAGUCAAUGAUCUUCGUGGUAAAUUCGUGAAACCAGCUUUGAAGAAGGUGUCUAAAUACGAAAACAAAUUUGCUAAACUGCAAAAGAAAGCUGCCGAAUUCAACUUCCGCAACCAACUCAAGGUUGUCAAGAAGAAGGAAUUCACAUUGGAAGAAGAAGAGAAAGAGAAGAAACCCGACUGGUCCAAGGGUAAACCUGGUGAUGCUAAGGUAAAAGAAGAUGUUGAAGUCGAAGCCUAAGGGUUCCUGUUACACAUCUUGAAUGCUCCCAGAUAUUAAUUUUCCUUUUGUUUAUUUCCUUUUUUUUUUUUUUAAUUUAAAAAAACAAA